GCUCCGCCCUCUUGUUUUUGACAUUUGGACGCCGACCGAAGCCGGAAAACUUUUAAAUGUCAAUUAUUUUUUUUAGCUGCACUUGUCUUGAGUGAACAUCCACCGUUUGUAUAUCCUCAUCCUCUCUUUAGUUUUGUUUAGUCCUAAUUUUCUCGUUUUGUGGUGAUCGUGGCGUCCCAUUUAUUAAUUUAUAAAAAUUCUCGUUCGUUCAAUAUUGUAUUAGUGUGUCGGUGGUGAUUUAAACUAUAAGAGAGAACACCAUGGAUGUGACUGCACCUUUAAUCUUCUUUUCAAUAUUUAUUUUUGCUUCCAUUGCUUUAUUCCUUGUUUACAAGUAUGGAAUAAAAAAGAAGACUUUUGAAGAAGCUUUGGCGGAACAUAAGAAACAGACCAGCGCCUUGCUUGGUCCCAAAAUUAAGCCAAAAGAAAAGAAAAGCAAGAAAGCAGCCAAAAAGGCCAACAAGGAAAAAGCUAUUCCGGAAAACGGUGAAAUGCCUGAUGAGACUGAAAGUUUGGAUUCAAAAGAUGUACAGGACAAUGUUGAAAUGAAACCUCAGCCUCAAGUUAAAUCUCAUAAGGGUAAAGCAGCGUUAAACAAACAAACAAAGGAGAAGAUACACGUGGAAUUUAAGGAGGAACCGGAGGAGGCUUUAGAAGUGAAAGUACCAGUUGAAAAAGAGGUCAAAGACGUAAUCAACAAGAAAGACGACCUUCAGAAGGAAGCUCCAAAAGAAGAAAGAAAGCAAGACAAAAAAAAAAUCAAGCCCCAAAAGCAAGACGUCCAGCAAGUGGGUGAAAAACCUAACAAUGCUGCAGGUGAGCCUUUGGCAACUGAAAAAGAAAAAGCCAAAGAAGAAAAGGCCACUGAAAAUAUUUUGGCUCCAUUGGUUCAAGAAUCGGUGGUUAACACUGGAAAGGAAAAGAAGAAAAAGAAAAGCGAGUUCAACUCGAAACAACAAGUAAUUGUAGCUGAAAGGGAUCAACUAAUUCAUUCCAUACGCAAUGCUGAACUUUCCCGUAACGAAGUGCAAUUGCUGAUCGAUCUACUUUUGAAUAAGCAGCUUGAAGCCCCUACUGUUGUUGAUGAUUGGAGUGAGGGUAAGUUUGAUCCUGUUCAGAAACUCAAAAAGCAACUGGCCGACAAAGAAAAACAAUUAGAAGAUGAACAAGAAGCGCACGUCGGCGUCCAAGCUAAACUCAAAGAAGUUAGAAACGAACAACUUGCAGAAAGAGCUCAACUACUGCAAAAAAUUAAAGCAUCUGAGGAUUCAAAACUAGAACUUGCAGCAGCUCAUAAUCGUAUGCAGCAACGUCUUCAAGAGUUGGAAGAGUUGCGUAAUAAGGAAUUGACCAAUUUCAAGAGGCUUUUGGAGGAAAAUAACAAUUUGGUGAUACAAAGGGCGCAAUUUGAGAAUACUUUAUUGGGCUACCAAGAGACUGAUAACAUAAUCCACGGUCUAAAGACUGAGAAUGCCCAACUCACCAACGAUUUACAACUUUUAUCUCAGGAAAGACAAGAACAAGCAACAAAUUAUCAAAACUGCAUUAUACAAAAUCAAGCGAUGCAGGAGGAAUUGAGACGCAUGGGUGAAUAUUGCAAAGGCUUGGAAAGAAAUCACGGUUUUGUUCUAACUGCUAAACAAGAUGAAAUACGCCAAGUGGCUGAUCAACUCAAAAUAGCUUCUGAAAAUCACACCAAAGAAGAACAAAAGUUGAAGGAUAUUAUUGCUCAACUCACUGCUGAAAAAGAGAAACUUCAAGAAGAAAAGAGCCUUCAAAUAAACGGCUCCUCAGAAGAAAGCAAAAUACACGAAGUCAAAGUCCUGAACCUGACAAAUGAACUGUCGUCAGUUAAAAGUGAGCUUACUUCAGUUAGCCAAUCGCUACUUGACGCCGAAAGACAAUAUAAAACUGAAAUUUGUGUUUCACAAGAAAAAUACAACCAAUUGAAGAACGAACUAGAAGAACAAAAGAACAAAAAUGAUGAGUUGCGCAAAAAAAAUUGGAAAGUGAUGGAGGCCUUAAAUGCUGCAGAAAGCAGGAAUAAUAAACCGGUGGCUGCGAAUAAAGACGCUGAUAUUAAUGUCGACCAAAUUACCUCUGAAAUCAAAUCCAGGGAGCAAAAUGCACAAAAGGAAUUCAUCCAGAGAUUAUUCCCUGAAAUCGAUAGCCUGAAAACCGUUUCCUCCACCGAUUGGCAAAACAAAUAUGAACAAGCUAUACGAGAACAUAUAAGUCAGCUUCAGAAGACAGUAUCUGAAACUUCCGAAACUGCCAAGUUACAGAAGGAAGUGCAAGUUUAUAAAAAAGUGUUGGACGAGACGGACGAAUCUUUAAAAUCCCUACAACUUCGGGCAGACCAAGCAGAAAGGAGUUGGAGGCAAGAAUUAGCUGAGAAAGAGUCGGAGAUCCAAGAUUUAAAAAAUCGAAUCACGUCUCAUGAAUCUCAGUUGCAAGAGAAAGUCUUGAAACUAGAAAAUCAGGUUGUCCAUGAGCAAUCAGAAAAAGCCCGCCUUAUAGAGGAACGACAACAAUUGUUGAACAAAUCCGGAGUCAAGUCUGUUCAAUCGGAUUCAAUGGCAACAAUAGAGAGGCUAUCGGAAGAAGUAAAUUAUCUGAAAGAGCAACUCAGGAUUGAGCAAAGCAAAAACAGUGAGGCCAGCGUUUAUCAGAAUGGUGAAACCAGUUAAUGCCAACAGAAACCAUUGAAGCAAAAAAUUGGAAUACUUUACAAACUCUAAAUAUUGUAUUAUUAAAUAAUAAUAAAACAAAGUUAUAUUUAUUGUUAAAAUCCAUUUUUUUUACUAGGACGAGAUCAUUCCUCAUUUUCUGUUAUGUGCAAUAAAAAAAAAUCGCCAAACACUGUCAGUAUUUCUAGAUGGUGGACUGUAUAUGUAAUAUUUUUGUUAAUCAUGUUACUAUCUAAACGUUUAUAAUAUUAACACAUCGACCUACUAAAAAAAAAAGAAUCAAUUUUGUAAUCAUUUUUUAAAUUUGUAAUACUUGUUAGAUAAGCAAGCUUUUGCAGUUGCUGUAAUAAUAUAUUAUUUUUAUAGCUUUAAGUUCAAUUAUUAAUAAAAUAUUGUAUUAUUUAAACAAA